CAAAACCGGUUUAGCUGACUAGUCCCAUAUUCACUUGUUUAUCUUAAUAUUUUUUAACAUAUGUUUCAUUACCAAUUCCCAUUUAAAAUGUUUAAAAUUCAGUCUGGAAUUUUAUUAAUAUGUUUUAUUGGAAUUACUACAAAUGGUGGUGGAUUUGACUUCAGUGAUGUGAAAAAUAAGAUAUUGCAAUGGAAAACUCAAAAACUUCAGGCUUUAUGUCCAUCAAACGGCCAGCAACUGCAAAAUUUAUUGAACAUCGUAUGCAGUACGUCGCAACCUACUAACGUUACCUUGAGAGAUGCUUGUAUCAGUUGUUUUUCGCAAGUAACAUCGAUGGCUGAGGGACCUCAAGAAUUGAACGCGUUAAGUGUUUGCGCUGUACAAUAUUUUACCGGCGCAUACGCAGCAUGUGCCACAGCUCUCGUGGCUUUAUCUACAUCUGCAUUAAAUGUACAACCUUCAGGAUGUUUUAUGGGCUACUGUGACUUUGUCCGAUGUCUUCGAAUGGCUAACUCAGUUAAUUUGAUUACACAAUGCACACGAGAAGCUAGAACAGGUGUGAAUAUAACUGUAGAUGCAGAUAACGUUCGAUUUUAUAGAAAUGUCACAUCCUGUAUACUGGCAAAAUCGAGAUGUGGUACAUUUAACCCGAUCACAGGGGAACCGCAACUUCCUGGAUAUACUUCUUCCGGAACCAGAGUUAGCAACGCUCUUCAGAUUUCAGACACUGGAGAUCUUAGGGUUAUAGCAUUUCCAACUAAUACUCCUGUCACUAAUUCUUUCUGCACAGUUUCCACCAAUUUGACACAGUCGAGUUGGCUCACAAAUAUUUGCUGAUAUUAACAAAUACUGAACGGUUGGUAUCUUGUGGUUGGCAUAGUAUAUGCUGCUCAAUGUGAUGUGUGUUGUGGGUUCAAUUCCAGCACCGAACAACUCCUUCAAAGUACCUAAUGCUAUUUUUUGUAUUUGCAAACAUAAUUUAUAUUGGCUUUGCUUAAAAAUGUUUAACUUUUCCCUAGAAUCAUCAUUGUCAGCCGGAGUUGGAAGACGUUCA